CUUCUCGGUUCGAAAUUCCUGCAGUGGGGGAACCAGAGCGUCUUUUCAUUUUCAAAAAAUGUGGUCCGGUUGGAGAACUAGUCCAUUGUUAUCUUGCAAAUCCGCCGCUUUGCUUAGUUAUUCGCCGCUCCAAAGGGUACACAUUCUUCAUCUUGAUUUGAUACAAUUCUAAAUGCCCCUUGAAUUUUGUGGAGUUUAACUGACUUCUUUUCUAUUUGGCGCUGGGAUUUUGCUUGGCGGACCAAACUCCAAAGGCGCGGAUUCCCGUUGCGAUUCCCCCUGAUGCCUUUCGCCUGUACAGGAGACAAAUGGGAUUUUCUGCUUCAAAUCAUCUACUUCAAUUUCGAUUAUUAUGCUCCUCGAACGACCCUGAAACUGUGAAAGGGUCGUCAAAAAUGAGUUCUGAGGAGCAGGCAGAUUCCCUGGGAAAAGACAAUCAUCAGAAAGAGUCUCUCACAACUUCCGAGGUCUUGAAGAAAUUGAAGAGAUACGGAGUAUCCGGAGUGUUAUCAUAUGGCCUCCUAAACACUGCUUAUUAUCUUUCAACAUUUCUCUUUGUGUGGCUCUAUGUUGCACCUGUUCCAGGAAAAAUGGGCUACGUUGGAGCUGCUGAAAGAUUGCUUAAGGUAUUGGCUAUGGUCUGGGCUGGUAGCCAAGUAACUAAGCUUAUCCGAGCAGGAGGGUAAGCUGUCAAAUUCAACUCGCAUUGUAAAGUUUACCUUUGUAUUCAUCGACAAGGUUAGGGAAAGAUGAUAAUCUCAGAUACUUGCUAAACUUUAAGAAAGGGGCGGAUAAGGUGGUAAAUAAAUGAUGUAGAAAACAGGAAUGCUAAGAAAGUAUGUUUCACAUUCUUUCCAACGUUAUGAUAUGAUGGCUUACCACUAAGUCUAGAGGGUCUGGUAGUUUGGGCAGGUGGUAAAACCUGGAAUUAUAUGAUUGGCUUACCACAUUCCUUCCAACGUUAAGGUUUUGGGCUUGAACCUAACCAUUAUAAUAUGAUUGGCAAGGCAUUGAUGCAAUGAUCAUAUAAAGGCCUCACUUAGUUACAUAGCUAAACAACUUGCUUUUCAUGGAUGUUAACUUAGGAUAAUCUGGAUCCCAUGUAGAAUGUUGAGGUAGCUAUAGACUCCUGAAUGCAACUUUUAGAAGGUAAGGUCAGGUUGCUUGUGUAUGUAGGUAACCAAUUUCAAUGAAAAUGUCACAAGUCUAAUGUCUCAAUAAACUCUAUUCCAUGUCAUCGUACGGUUAUGUUAGUGAUUAUGAUUAAGAUGUUGAUCUGCUUCUGCAUUUGUUAUUUGACCUAAGCAAUUUAAGAUCACUGAAUAUACCGUUUGAGCAAGACUCCCUACAAAAAAGUAAUAUAACGUUUGAGCAAGUUUUAAGAACCCUUUUUAGAUCAUGUUUAGAUGAGGACACAAGUUUAAAAUCCAGCGGCAAAAGUUCUAAAGCAUUGUCUUUUGAAGGUUAGUGGCUAUUAGUUAAAUCUAUCUUUUCUUACGGCCAAAUCGCCAUGUGAUUCAUAUGAUGAUCCCACAUAAAUGGUAGGUCUGAUCAUUAGGUAACUCGCCGGCCCCACCUAGUGGGAAAAAUGGCUUGCUGAUGUUGUUGAUCAUUAGGUAACACGGUUGCCCAAGAAUACUUCAACUUGCAUAGUUGCCCUUAUAUUGUACAAAUGUAUAGAAGUUUGAAAUUUGAAAGCUCUUUGUUGCUUCUUGUACAGGGCUCUAGCACUGGCACCCGCAGUUGACAGGGGAUUGUCAUGGUUCACUGUAAAAUUUAAGUUUGAAUCACAAGGAAAGGUAACUAAAGUUGGCCAACAAAAAUAUUUUGCUGCCUGGCCUAUUGAGGAGGAAAUUAAUGUCUUUGUGCCUGCCACCUUCUCUCAGGCUUUCAUGGCAAUAGCUGGCUUCUGCUUUGGACUGGCUUUUGUGGUCUUCCUUGUACUAACUCUGCUUUGGGCAUGAAGUUCUUUACAUUUCUUGUUACCAUUGAGUUCUGAAUUAUUAGUAGUAUGAUAUGGAGGGGUCAUUAUUAAUUGAAUUCUCAAUUGUUAGGGUAGGACCCUGAUUUUAGUCUUUUUGGUAUUUCAGAUUUGAGAUUUAAUCUUUUUGUGUUUUGCUCUUUAACAUACUGUAUUUGAUUAACAUACUUGGUAAUAGAAUGUUGUCUACAAGAAAAAAAACUUAUUCGGGUUGAAUGAAAAUUAGUGUUAGUGUCG